AUGUGGAGCCCAUUAAAUGAUUCAGAAUAUACUGAAACUUCAAAUAAAUAUACAAAGAAGGGAUUUUUUCAUACUUUGAAAAAAUAUAAAAAGUUCAUAUAUAUAUUUUUAGGAAUUUUUGUAAUAUAUAUUUUAUUCAUUGUAUAUUAUGAAAUUAAUGAAAAAAAUGCUGAUAAAGAUAUAGAUUGCAAUGUAUUAAAUGAAGAAUGUAAAAAUUACACAUAUCCCGAAUUUGAUCCUGAAAGACUUUUAAUUGUUGACGCUAAUAUUGAAAAUAAUAACUUUCUAUUAAGAAGUAGUGUUCCUAUAUUUAAUGGUAUAUUUUCUGAAGAGUUACUAUUAAAAGAAAUUAAAAGAGUAGUAGAAGAAUCAAAUUUAGUUUAUAAAAAUAAUUAUUCGCUUUAUAUAAUAUCACUGUUAAAAAACAAUCAAAAGGAGGGAUGUUGUUAUGCAUCUGAAAAGUGCUAUGUAAAAGAAGCAAAUGUAGAUAAUCAGCUAAUUCUAGGGUAUAGAGAUAAAGACCCAUAUGAUUUGAAAAAGGAGGAAUUAAUGACUAAAUUAAAAAAUUUAACAUGGAACACAGAUGAUAUAUUAAAUAAAAUAGACAGUUUAUAUGAAAAAUUUCUUAAUAUGAAAAAUACUAUAUUUGUAAUUCAUUGUCGAAGAGGAAGAGAUAGAACUGGUGAAUAUGUUGGUGCUUAUAGGAUGAUAAAAAAAAAACAAUCGUUUGAUAGCGUAAUGAAUGCUAAUUCUGAGAUAGGAAUAUUAAGAGAAUCUUUUGUUAAAAUGCAAAAGUGGAUCUGCUUAUACUUAGAAAAUGUUUUAAAUUAUCCUAAUAUGGGUUGUUAUGAUUAUAGAAGCGGUAGAGAAUAA